AUGUCUCUGGGCUUCAUGAAUAGUCUCAGGAGCUUCAGAGUACCCACCUUCUCAACAAGGGGUUCUGUGGUAGCAGGCGUCGUAGGGUUAACCAUGCCUCGAUACUGCCUUUUUGGUGACACUGUAAAUACCGCGAGCAGAAUGGAAAGCAACGGGAAGCGUGAGUUGCAUUUGAUUUCAAUGUUCGCUGAGUUCCACAGCCGAUUUUGA